AAGAGAGGACAGAGGAAGAUUAGGAUCAGAGUGUAAACAAAGAGACAUAGAUCAUAAAAAAAAGCAAACCAAGAACAAGCCACCAGAUCCGUCAUGUGGGACACUCCACUCUGGUCAAGUAAAUCCAGCAUCUCUUUUUACAGCUUCUCUUGAGUCUCGGGUGCAGCGACGCUAAGACAUUAAGAACAGGCAAUCGGUAUCACAACAUCAGCCCUCCCCUCUCGCUUUCUCCUCCUCUCCCUUUAGUCUUAGCACUUGUAGGACAGGACAGAGCGGGCUGACAGACAGACAGAGCACCCAGCUGGUGUCCCUGGGUCUCUUACAGACCCUGGGAUCCACGGAGAGGAGGGGUGUCCGUGGAGGAGCAGCAGCAUCAGCAGCAGCAACAGGAGCCGAGGAACAAAAAGCCAUUGGACUCCUUGUGUGUUGUUUAAAAGCUACAAGCUGACACUGACAGAGCACUGUCACCAGGGGGGAUUUGAGCUGUUUAUGAAAGUGUGUGUGUGUGUGUGUGAGUGAGAGUGUGUGAUAGAAAACAUGCCUCAGGUGCAAGAGGGACGCUUUUGGACUGUAAUCAUCACAGGAUUUCAACCUGGAGUAAUGUUUUAAAGACAGCUGUUGUUACCUGUUUGGGCUGGAAAUAGGAAGGAGAUAUCCUACACAGUCUUUACAAAAUAAAAGCUCAGUGUUUAAUAUCACUCAUAAAGACUUAAGGGACUGAACAAAGACUGGAUCUCAAGGAGGGAGUAACAUUCACCAGAGUGGACUAAGGUGGCGGCGAAGAAAAGAUGCUGAGAAUAAAAAAAGCUUCUUUUGAACGGUGACACUGAGAGUAAGAGGAUGAUGCAUGCAAGUUAAGUUCUGAGAAGCGGAGGAGACUGAAACUUCACUCUUUUUUCCAGAACAUCAGAAGUGAUUUGACUCCAGUGUCGAGCAUUAGAUCCACUCAGGAAUAUGAAUCCGUCUCCGGAGUGGAAAAAGCCUUUCAUGUGGGAGCCUGUGACUAUCUUAGACUUUUAGAGGAUCCUUCUUCUUCUUCUUCUUCUUCUUUUUUUUUUAUUCUGAGCGCCCUGGACCCAAAAGUUCUCACUUUUCACGGAUUAUUCAUCCGCUCAGCGCGGGGGGGAGGAGGAGUGGGGAGCGUAGUAUUGCUGGAAAUGCCCGAGGCAAGUUCAUUGGUACGUAACACACCCUCCUAAACUGGAUUCACUCCAAGCCACAGGAUUUGGAUUUGUCUACAACCGCCUCUGCUGUCUGCUGUUGACAUAUGGCUUUGUGAAAGGAGCUUUAGUUUGGGCCUAUCAUUACUAAUUACACAUCAGUCCAAGAUGGCCACCUCUGUGCAUCCACUCUUGGUAAGCUUCUCUCUGGCUGUUCUCCUGGGUUUGACCUCUCUGGGUGGACUGACCUCGAGGCCUUCAGGUCAGGCUUUGGCCCAGGUCCCUACCAACAACCAGUCAACAGAGCCCACUGUGGUACCGGAGGCUGCCCUGGCAACGCCGACACCAGACGACAAAGCGGUCCCGACUGUCGGUAACCGUUGCUGGGGUUACUACGAUGUCAUGGGCCAGUGGGACCCGCCCUUCAACUGUAACGCAGGUAUCUACCUGUUCUGUUGUGGUUCCUGCUUCUACCGCUUCUGCUGCCAGUUCAAAGUCCACAGUUUGGACCAGACUUCCUGUUCCAACUAUGACACACCCGUUUGGGCAAACACCGGGCGACCGGCAGCACCCGUCACAGAAGCCCACGAGGAACCAGACCGGGAUCGGACCCACAUGAUCGUGUAUAUUAUCUGUGGAGUGGUGGCCAUCAUGGUGUUGGUCGGGAUUUUCACCAAGCUCGGGCUGGAGAAGAGUCAGGGAGGACAGACGGACAUGACCAACUCCAGGACUCUGACGGAGCUUUUGAAGCAGCCAGGGGAGGCAGGAAUGGUGGAUGGAACUGGGGUUCAUCAUCCUAUAGGGACCAAUGGCAUCUCGGCCAGAGCGCUACGCUCCAACAAUGAUCAUAACCAUUUGAACAACGCAGCCUUGUCUCCCCUUGGUCCGGCCAUGGCUUUGUCUCACCCUCACAACAACCUGGGAAUUGGCUUCAACAAAUACACCUCGCUCAAGGCCGUGGACACAACUGCAAGGGACUACUACAAGAGCUACCCAAUGAUAGAUUACACCCACCGCCAGUCCCCUCCAACUUUCCAGCCAAUUAACUUUCACCCCAAGGACAAGCCUUUCCUCCCGCCACCCGACAUCCAUGCGCCAUUGGCCAUCACCAUCAACGCUUCCCAGAUCCCCAAACCUAAGAUCUCCAAAACCAACACCCAUCCGCUCACCUCCAGCUCAGCCUUCAAAGCAUGGGACCCCAGUAAGAGCCACAUCCAGCAUCCGGUGGCCACCCACUUAAGCCUCCAGGGGCAGCAGCACCACACCAUCCAGCAGCAGCACCACCACACGCUGCACCAGCAGAACAGCCGGCGCCAGAUCUACUCCAACAAGAGGCAGUUCAGCAUCGAGACGCUGCCCGAGCUCUUCUCGCAGCCACUGGGCUACGGCCACUCGCCUCACAUGCACCCUAAGCACAAGGGACUGCCCACCAACAGCAAGACAGAGGUCACUGUCUGAACAUGGGGAUGAGUGGGUGAAUAGACAGAAGAGGAAACCAAGUGGAGUUGUAAGCAACUUUAAAAGAAAUGCUCUGAUAUCUUUUAUAUCCACAGCCGUAAUGGCGAGACGGAAACAAGCAAAUAUCGUGUAUUAACUCUGCAUUCUCCUCAUCAUUGUUGACAAAAAUAUGAAUAAUGUGAGGUGAUAUUUGUGUAUUUUUAGGGCCACUGGAUCAAAACAGCAGCAGAUAAGCUGUGACGGUGGUGGAUUGGCAGGUGUUGGCUGUGACUCUUUGAACCCGGCGGCUCUUCUAAAUAAUUGAGUGGUCUCUCAGUGUGUUGGCACAGCUCUGUUCUCUUUCUCCUCUCAGCCCCCUCACACCUCAAUGACACUAUGCACUGCUCUGUAGCACCACUCCACCAGGCACAAAUGUUCAAAUCCCACACGCAGACACUAUUCACACCACAAACUAGCCCAGACGCACUCAGCCGACUAUUUCGGAGACUGCCAGAGAGGCUGGUACGGGGAGUGUUUCCCCUAAGACUUUGGCUCCCCGUCAGCAGAGACAAUGCCAUUGUGUUGUCAGCUCCCGUUGCCCUCCAGCCCCUCCGCAGAGUGAGAUAUCAGCCUCGCAAUUCAUACCAGAGAGGAGGGCAGGGGUGGGGGGAGAGGGGGGUUGGUUAUUCAUCUCAUUCCAGGGGCAAAUGAGAUGAGAAGGAUCUGAACCACGUACACACCCACAUACCCACACACUGCACGCUUGUCAAAAACUACAGAAGGUUCCCAGCAGUGUCAGAGACCACAGGCACCCCCCUACUGACACACAAACAGAUACACACUUUUCUCUCCACACACUGAUUCACAGAAGCCGGGACGAAGCGAAUAAGCGAGCUCUCUUGUUUGUUAUUUGUAACAGUUUGUUGAGCUGCUCAUUUCAGUCACCGUCUCUUGUGUUGCUGUGGAUGUUUACCUCUAACGAAAACCCAGAAUUUGUCACAAUGCUGAGAAAAAAGAGUCCAUGUACUCAGAAAGGUCAUUACAAAGUCAUUGUAUUCUCUCCUACUCUCUUCUCCACACUGGUUUUUACAAAUGAGACUGGGUUUAUGUCAGAGAAGUAUCGGCCAAUGCAUAUUCUUACAGGCACUUGGCUGUACUAGGAAGUGAAAUAAUGGUGUCUGAAUAUAUGAAUAUAUAUAUGUACAUCCUGCAAGGUCCACUUUACUGUAUUCAGGCGACAGAUCCAUACAUUUGCAAAUACAUGAUUUCAUAAACUAAAACUAAUGAUUAACAUUAUGAAGUGUUGGGUAUAGUCUGGACAACGGAAGAAAAAGUAUUUAUGCUUUCGAAGGAGCAGCUUUUCUCCAGCAUGGCUAUUGCUAAACGCAGCGGUUUGAUGCAUGUGUUUACUGCUGCAAUGCUAACAUAAUCUAACAGGAUGAAACCACCUGCUUUGCCAGUGCUUUGCAAUUUACUUCGCUCCCUGUAAAUGCAGUACUUUACAUCCACAAAUGAAUGCACCUAAACAAAAAACCACGUGGGCCACGUAAUCUUUGAAUGCAGUUAAACACAUCUACUUUAUUUGGCACGCAAAUGGUCAAUUAAGUAAGUACAUAACAGUUACUAAUCCCAGUAAAGCGUCAUUACUUUGGCAAUUUAGAGACUCGCGAGUUUGAUGGAGGGUUUAUAGCAUUCAGUGACUUCACAGACUCAUGAAGCAGUGUUAGCUGUGAGGCCUCUACCAAAAGAAGAAACGCACCUCCCGAUAACUUCAACUCUAAAUUGUCAUAUUUAAAUUUUGUGGCUUGCUAAUGUAAGCCAACAGUUUUAUUUAACCAUAUUUCUCAGGGGAGCAGUGGCUCUGCCUUCAUUUUUUUGUCUCCCCUCUCCUAUUUUUAUUUAGCUCAACCAUCAAAUUAACUAAUAGUCCACAGGAUAAUUUGCCACUGAAUUUAGCAUUUUGAGUUUCAGACCAUAUUAAUAAAGUGUGGUUCAACCUGGCACAUAAAUAAAUAUCCAGCAUGAUUAGAUGGAAAGCACUGGAUGUAGGUCCUUAUGCAGUUAGGCACGAGGCCCGAUUCAGACCAAAUCUGACAUCCGAGCAUUGGUCAAGAGACAUAGACAGUGAAUGAGAGUGAGAGCCCCAACACCUGAUUUGGUCUCACUACAGACUAAUGGCUGUUCCAUGUGGCACGUUGGCUGUUGGAGGCUCACACAGUUUGCCCCAAUGUCCCCAGAACUCUCCACAAAAACAUUAGCAAAAUAAUUUUCAUUAAAUUUUUCAAGUAAGUAAGUAAGUAACUUGUCCAACACUGCUUAUUUAUGGAUUUAGUAUACGAAUUCAGUAUUGCUUUCAGUCUUCAAAAUCCCCACACCACGUAUUUUCACCUCCUCCUCCACCGUAAGGAACAGUCCCACAGCCAGUCUGAGUCACUGAUUGAAUUCACCUUCAUUUGUUAUCAUGAGGACACCAGCUAAGCCGUAGUGCAUAUGCCUGGCACAUAUGCCUGGCACAUGCUAUAGCAAAUCAGGCAGGUGGUGGAACCUAAUCAAACAGCGGCGCUUACCAGAGUCACACACUAUUUAGCACUUUCUCUCACUCCCUCUCUCUUCCUGUGUCUCUCUCUCCCUUUUUGUGCUCCCUAGCAGACUGUCUCCUACCUCCCCCGACCUCCUUCUGUGCAUCCAUUUCCAUGGGGGAUUGAGCGAUGGGUACCGAGCACUUGUCUGGUGUUUGGUACCCAUUGCUCCAAGCUGUUGUAAACCAUGAUAUUCUCACUUGGUCCUCUUAGCAUGUUUGUGUGUGAGUGUGCGGAGUUAAUGACAGAGUUAGUUGCAGCAUGGCAGACUCCAGACUUACUCCAUAAUACACCAUCAUGCAAGCAAAUUUAAGCGUGAUUAUGCCCCCCCCAUCCAUAAACAGAGGCUGGGACAUGAGUGACCAGAUGCUUUGCAAUAUAUAAUUCACAUCUUGAGAUUUGCUGGUGAUAACCUGCUACCUUAAAACUUAAACCAAGUGGAUUUUUUACGUAAACGCCAUUCAAAUUUUUAAAUCCAUUGAUUUUUUUUCUGUGCAGAAAUGUCAGUCAGCUAAAUUCCCCAAUUUGCAUCUCAAUUUUAUGGAGCUGUGAGUGUACACAAGCAAAUAAAAUGAGCGACGGAAUAAAACUUUAACAAGAGAGAAUAAAUUAGCAAUAUAAUGCUUGUUUGUAACGCUGCGAUGGUUUCUCUACUUUACCUCUCCAAGAUGUGAAAAACCUGUAAGGCAAGCUGUUGGAGCGACGCUCGGAGCUGCUGGCAUGCUUUUAUAAUAAGGGAUCAGCAGAGAAUGGGGAUCAUGAAUACAAAAGCAUCAAUGGGAUAUGCAUGGUGUGAAUAUGCAUCAAACACAUCUGCGCCUAGGCUCUCGCCAACUCUGCACAGUGUGUAAUGUACCAUGUUAGAGCAGGGUUCUUCUUCUUGGCUUCACUGUCUCUUUGACUUUUAUUCCCACGAGGUGCCACACUUUAAGUGGGUCACUUCAUAUGAAAAGUUUUCUGGCCUCUAAAAGCCCUACCAAAAUAUUCUGUGGGGUCUGUCCUUAAUCACUCGGAAUGCAUUAGAGGUUGAGAACAAAUGAGGAAUGACAGCCAGUAAACAAGCAAUAUGCGUCAGUAAAGCAAUAAGCGCCCAACCGUCCACCCCCUAUCCUUAUCUUUCUGUCUGCCCGUCUAUCUGGAGCCCUUCUCGGAGUUUAGGGGUGGGUGCUAAUGAGGUUGAGGGUGUUGAAACCAAAAGGAGAGCCGAGCUAAAGAAUUGGCACUGCAGAGGGCUUGGGAGCAGAUGAAGGAGAUGCGACAGAAAAGAGAAAUGGGGUUGCAUGGCUGAUAUGAUGAUGGUUAUUUUUCAUUCAGAUUUGUCUAAAAACAUAAAUUCUGGGUUUUAUCUUUCUGUUCUACUCAAACAACCAGCUUUUAAAUGCAUUAUAUGACUGUAGCUGAAAGGCGAAGAUGGUCUUUACUCUGGAUCUCACAAUUUCAACAUUGUUGUGGUUGGGUCUUGAAGGAACAGGACUCAUUCACACUCUUACAACACCGGCUGAUUUAACAAACGCUGGACAUUUAACAGAACAGCAACACUGGCUCCAGGAUUUACAGUUAAAGAGUGGAGUAUACAGGAAGUCAUUCAGGACAAACAGAGCCUGAAGACAGGCUACCAGCAAACUUACAGAGAACAGCAACAACAACUUGUCAACUUUCCCCAAAUUCGGUUGGCUGGCCUGAUUCCCAAUGAUUAGCUCACAGAGCUGAAGCACGCACUGCGAAUGAUUGUUGAAUAUCCUCUUGCUCUUUGGGAGAUCUGCAUCAAAUGUGCCACAAGAUACAAUCAUGGUGAUGUGCUGGAAAAUACCUUUUAAUGUUAAUUUCCCUGUGGUCAGGCAUCAGGAUUUUUUUCUUCGAUAAUGGAUGGACUUCUGUGACUCCCCUUAGGCAAAGGACUGUCUGAACAAGAGGUAGUUAAGCUGGAUAAAUUAGACUCUGGUGAACCACAGUUUUGUGGACAAUGUAAAUACUUGAACACAUGCACAAACAUACACUCACAUAGACACGAGAGCCACAGAGAAGUAACACUAAUUAUAUCUUCCAUACAAUGUCCACAAGUUUGUGGUACGAAACAGGACCAAAAGCCUCGAAUCAGGAGAAACUGAGUACACCUAACUGAUGAUUUAAACAUCCAAAACAGUGAAAAUGCUGAGUCUGUUUUGGAUCAUCAGCUUAGAGUGAAUUUACUCAAUCUCUCCUGAUUGAUGACAGACUAUGGCGUCACUUGCUCAUCUCCGAGCUAACUGACUGUUGUUUGUAAAACUUCCUCACUAUAGAAGAAACAAUGCAAGUAUUCUACCGCAGGUUAUCUGAAUGCAACCUGGUAGACAUACUUGAGCUCCAUGAUCCCUAGCAAUAUAUAGAAUGUGGUGUAUGGUUCAACUGUUUCUUUGUUUUCUGUCAGUUUGUUUUUGUACUGUGUUUUUUCAAAGAAUUAAACUCCUGUCAAAAAAAAAAAAAAAAAAAGUUGAUUUGACCGAUGGAAAGUGCUUCCAGAUUUUAGACUCAUGGCUGCCCCGCCCUCCCACACCCCCAACUCACCUCCCUUCUUUACCACCACAGGAUGUCAAAUGUUUGAAGCUUGUGAUCUUUUCAGUUACAUUGUAUGGUAUACAUGCACUCAUGUAUUUAAUGUUAAAAGAUAUUGCAUUGUAUCCAAGUGCUUUGCCAACACAUUAGCUGAAAGAAGAAAGGAAGAUCCAUGAUUACUUGUACAGCUUUUGCAUCUGCAAAAAAAUGAAAACACACAAAAAAAAAUCAUGCGUUGUUUCAUGAUAAUUUGUAAUAGGCAGCAAUAGGCUGCCUUGGAUUGCUAUGUACUACUUGUGUAUAUAUGUAUGCUGUACCACUUGUCUGCUGUGAAAUUUGUUGACUACUCAGCUUAUAUAAGGGCUUUUUAUAGAUAUAAAAGCAGACAGGGCAAUCUGACGUCAUUCUCUGUAACUUAAGACAAAUUUCUCUAGAGGUUUUUUUUUUUUAGGGAUGAAGGGUUAUGAACAGAAUUUUCAUGCAUACAAAAUACUAUAUAAAUAAAGUUUUGACUAACUGAAAUGUCUAUAGGCACUCAUA